CACACUAGUAAUUCAUUUUACACAUAAUUUGGUAAUAAAAUGAUUUAAGCAACCAAAAAUACUAUGGAGCCACUCGGGAGCCGAAAUAGCCGACUCUUCUUAGUGAGCUGAGCUAGAAGAACCAUCUCCCUUGAAAUAGCCGGAAUUCCCAUCAGUAAGACCAACAGACUGAUUUGACUGUUCGGAUCAAUGUUAGUUUUAUCAGUUUAAAAAAUGCAGCAUUUAUAUGUUAUUUUUUAAAUAGGUAAGUUAGCUACUGGUAAAAGUAGAUAUUACAAUAAAUGCACUUUCACUUAAAGGAGAAAUCCUGUGUGAAGUGUAGUGGCCUCAUUAAUAUUUAUUCAUUAAUAUAACUACAGUUAAUAAUCUUAGUCUUCUUAACUCUACUGUUUGGUUUGUGUGUUGUUUAAGGACCUGAAGAAGGGUUCAUUACUUUUUCAUUACAGCACUACAGCUGUGUACAGUUGUGUACAGUGUUCUCUACAGGCAGUGGAGGAACGGAACUCUGUGACCCGAGAAUUCCGCUGCUCUAUGAUGUCAUACUGAUGAUGUCACAGAACCCUAUACAAGGAGGAGUCAUCUCUUAGGAGCUCAUUUCUGGUUUGGCAGUUAAUCUCUACAAUCUCCAUAUCGUCCCGUCUCAGUGACAAUGUCAGAUUCGUCUAAAUCCUGCAGCCUUGAUCUCAAACCAGAAACUGGUUGCACACAGAAGAGCAAGGAAAAAACGCAUACCACUAAUGUCCUGAAGAGUUUGGGCUACCAGGUGGUGGAUCACCUCGGUGAGGGGGGUUUUGGCGAGGUUAAACUGGCCACUGCUGAAAGGCACCCCAAACCGGUGGCCAUUAAAAUAUUAAAAUACAGGAACUCUGAGGAAAUCGCCAUCCUGAAAACAGUGAGGCACCCUAACAUCAUUCAGGUGCACGAGAUCUUCGAGAUGCCUAACGGAAAUGCGUUCAUCGUGAUGGAGGCGGCUGAGAUGGAUCUCGAAUCCCGUGCGAUUAAGGAGAUUCCAAUUGACAAAAUCAGACUGUGGUUCUUCCAGCUGCUCAGCGCCGUGGACUAUCUUCACCAGCAGGGCAUCGCCCAUCGAGACCUGAAAUGUUGCAACGUUCUGCUAACCGCUGACAGCCAGGCCAAACUGACCGACUUUGGAAUCGGAUGUUUUUUUAAGUACUUCCCUGACCUGUGUGAUACGUACCCGUGCACUCCUGAGUACGCUGCACCCGAGGUUCUCAACCAAAUACCCUACGAUCCUAAGAAGAGUGAUGUGUGGAGCCUGGGGCUGAUCCUGCACGAAAUGCUCACCGGGAGGCUGCCCUAUGAAUGUACCAGCGACUUACCGCUGAGUGAGCCUUGUCGGUCCAUCAUCCAAUCCAUGCUGCAGCACGAACCUUCUGAUCGGCCUUCAGUAAAUAAGCUGUUACAGCAUCCGUGGCUGCAGUCGACAGCAGAGCGGUCUGAUAAGAGUUUGGAGCGUCCUGCUCGUGUCCAGGAAGAUGAUGAUGCUGACCAGUCUAAAGUGGAGUACCAUGGAUGCCUCAACUUUGCUGCUGUUAAAAGGGCAGCUAAAGCUCUCGUCGCACCGAUUGUCAGAGCGUUCCGGCCAAUCCGUAAGAACAUGAGUAAGAUCUUCAGCCGGGACAAAGUGGUGCAGGAUGCUGAUCAUUCUGCUGGGAGACUGAAAUUCCCCAAGUUUAAGAUCUCGAAGAAGAGGGCCAAAGUUCAUCCCUUAUAAACAUGUAGCAGCCUAUUUUUUUGACCAGAGGAGGAUGGGUCCCCCCUGUGAGUCCGGUUCCUCCCAAGGUUUCUUCCUCCAAAUAGGAGGGAGUUUUUCCUUGCCACUGUCGCAUUUGUCUUGCUCACUGGGGGUAAAUGUAUUUGUAGCUAACCUCUAGCUAACAUUCUUCAGAGGCGCACUCCGUCCCGGCGGCUCCGUGCCAGCAGCUCCUGAGGCACGUUCCGUCCCGGUGGCUCCCGAGUCUCGCUCUAUCCCGGCAGCUCCGUUUCAGCAGCUCCCUGCCGGCGGCUCCGGCCCGGCGGCUCCGUUCCGGUGGCUCCGGCCCCGCGGCUCCGUUCCGGUGGCUCCAUGCCAGCAGCUCCUGAGGCACGUUCCGUCCCGGCGGCUCUCGAGUCGCGCUCUAUCCCGGCGGCUCUCGAGUCGCGCUCUAUCCCGGCGGCUCCGUUCCGCCGGCUCCAUGCCAGCAGCUCCUGAGGCACAUUCCGUCCCGGCGGCUCCCAAAUUGAGCUCUAUCCCGGCGGCUCCGUUCCGGUGGCUCGGUCCCGGCGGCUCCGUUCCGGCGGCUCCAUGCCAGCAGCUCCGUUCCGGCGGCUCCAUGCCAGCAGCUCCUGAGGCACGUUCCAUCCCGGCGGCUCCCAAAUUGAGCUCUAUCCCGGCGGCUCCGUUCCGGCGGCUCCGUUCCGGUGGCUCGGUCCCGGCGGCUCCAUGCCAGCAGCUCCGUUCCUGCGGGUCCAUGCCAGCAGCUCCUGAGGCACGUUCCGUCCCGGCGGCUCCCAAAUUGAGCUCUAUCCCGGCGGCUCCGUUCCGGCGGCUCCGUUCCGGCGGCUCCGUUCCGGUGGCUCGGUCCCGGCGGCUCCGUUCCGGCGGCUCCAUGCCAGCAGCUCCGUUCCGGCGGCUCCAUGCCAGCAGCUCCUGAGGCACGUUCCGUCCCGGCGGCUCUCGAGUCGUGCUCUAUCCCGGCAGCUCCUAAGGCGAAUAUGUCAACUGCCCAUUUGCAGAUAAUGUUGUCUUAAAUAAACAACUAUUCUGUGUUAA